AUGAGGGACUCAUCAUACAUGGUCAUGUCCAAACAUAUAACCGCAAUUCGGUGCAACUCAUUUGGUGAUUGCCACUUUGACGAUAAGCUUAACAGCAAGGCUCUCUACGAUUGUUUCUGCGCAUUACCGAUACGAAUGUGUGUUCGGAUUGAUCCAUCCGAAGGGAAUUUUACUGAUCUUUGUAGUAAACCAGCUGCACAACGGAUUGUCAAAUUCUGGGAGAUUCUGCCAAGCACAACAUUAUCUCCUGUAUAA